AUUUUCAUCCACAUUUGUUGAUGAAGUUAGAAGUUAAACUGUUCAAUAAUAAUUUUAUUUAUUUCAUACAUUUAUUCAUGUGCUUAUUUCUUAUCCUGUUUCUUUUUUUCAGAAUGAAGGUGCUUGUAAUUUGUUUGCUGAGUGUGUUUUCUGUGGUUCCGGCUGGGGAUAGCUUUUUUGGGAACAGAAAAUACUUCUGUCGAAAUGCUGCCUCUGUUCGUCUUUCAUGUAAUGUUGAAAAUCCUGACAAAUUUGUGUACUGGGUUAAAGAACUCGACACUGGUUCCAAAAUAGUUGCAUUUAAGACACUUUCCUCGGGUAAACUUGAUGCACUUGUACCAAGAUAUAAGAUGACAAAGGCCCUCUCUUUGACCAUUUAUGAUCCGGUUGAAGGUGAAGAGUUUAGGUGUUACAUGGAUGAUGAUGUUUCAGGUGGUACCACUCUAACCCUGGUUAAAUACAAAAAACCAGAUCUGAUGGGAAUUGAUGGAUGUGAUACUUACCCAUGCAUGAUUGCUAUUGACAUUGCAUCAACUGAAGGCUUGACAUGUGGGUCUAGUGGACACAUUCCAAAUGACGGUGUUCGAGUCACAUGGCACCAAUUGUCCAGCAAAGAUCUUAGGGAACUGCAUCAGAGAAAAAGAGUAUAUGAUGUCCAAAAAUCAGUAAAAGUAGAAACAAUCACUACUGUAUACUGCAUCAUUGAAGGAUCCAUAGGCUGUUGUAUAUAUGGUUCAAGGUGGUGAUCCCGUUCUUAGAGGUGAUCCUGAUCCUAGUGGUGAUCCCGUUCUUAGUGGUGAUCACGGUCCUAGUGGUGAUCCCAUUCUUAGAGGUGAUCAAGAUCCUAGUGGUGAUCCUGUUUAGAGGUGGUCACAAUUCUAGUGGAGAUUUCAUUCUUAGAGGUGAUACCAUUCUUAGAGGUGAUACCGUUCUUAGAGGUGAUUAUGAUCCUAGUUGUGAUCCCAUUCUUAGAGAUGAUCAUGAUCCUAAUGAUGAUCUGGUUUCUGGAAGUGAUCGAGAUUUCAUCUGAACUCUGGGGGGGAUAAAGCAUCCAGCAUGGACUCAACAAAUUAAUCAGUCAUGGAGGAAUAAGUUGAAAAUCUACAUACUGUAUAGUCCUAUAUGUCAUACAAUGCAUUUAUAAAUAUAUACUGAAUAUAAAUCAGGAUGAACUUAUUGGGUUGCAUAAUGUUUAUAUCUUUAUGACUACGUAAAGUAUUUCAUAUUGUCAGCAGAACUGACCACACUCAUCAGUUGGAUGGAAACAUUAAUGAAAAUUCUAUAAUGACUAAAUAUAUUAAUGACUUCCUGAUUGCUUCAAAUUUUUAGAGAUAUAA